UUUUUUGGCGAAGGUGUCCAGUGAUCUCGAGCCAAGCGCUGCACCCGUGCGAAGGAAAGAACAAUAUUUACUUUCUCAGCUGGACCGAACAACUGCUCACCGCUCCGACAGCGUAGCAAAAACUCAUAAUUAAUAAUUGCACCCAAGUCAAGUGACUGCUGAAAUGAGACCGCUGGUGUGUGUCCUGUGCCUUCUGCUGCCCUGCGCCGUGCGUUCCGAGGACUACACGGAGGAUGAGCAGAUGAUCAUCUCUCUGAUCCUGCAGGAUGACACCCGACCGGAACCCGGAGCCGAACCGUCCGCUCGUUUCUACAGGUGCACCAAGGACGCGUGGCGGAUCCCCGGGCAGUACCUGGUCGUGCUGCGGGACGGAAGCCACGAGGGCCACGUGCAGCGCACGGCGCGGCGGCUGCGGGCCACGGCGGCCCGGCGGGGAUACCUCAUCGAGGUGCUGCAGACCUUCUCCGGGGGGCUCCACGGCUUCCUGGUCAGGAUGAGCAGCGACGUCCUGGACAUGGCCAUGAAGCUGCCCCAUGUGGAGUACAUCGAGGAGGACUCGUCCAUCUUUGCCCAAGCCGUCCCCUGGAACCUGGACCGCAUCGUGCUGUCAAAGCACACCGCUGGCAUGUACAGCCCACCAAAUGAUGGAGACCAGGUGGGAGUGUAUCUGCUAGACACCAGUGUGCAAAGCACUCAUCGGGAGAUCGAAGGUCGGGUCUUGAUCACUGACUUUAACAGUGUUCCAGAAGAGGAUGGGGUCCGUGUCCAUAGGCAGGCCAGCAAGUGCGACAGUCACGGGACCCACACGGCAGGUGUGGUCGGCGGGCACGGCUCAGGUGUGGCGCGCCGUGCCAGCGUGCACAGCGUGCGUGUGCUGAACUGUCAAGGAAAGGGCACUGUAUCAGGAGCCUUGGCAGGCCUGGAGUACGUCCGCGCCUCUGUGCUGGAACAGCCCUAUAGCCAGCCUCCCGUUGUGCUGCUGCCCUUUGCUGGGGGGUUCAGCCACACCCUGAACAAGGCGUGUCGGAUGAUGGCACGCGGCGGGGCGAUCCUCGUAGCAGCUGCAGGAAACUACCGUGACGAUGCCUGCCUCUACUCGCCUGCCUCUGAACCACAGGUGAUAACUGUGGGAGCCACAGACUUUGCGGACCAGCCUCUGAGCAUCGGAACAACUGGUACCAAUUUCGGCCGAUGCGUGGACCUUUUCGCCCCAGGAGAUGACAUUGUCAGUGCCUCCAGCGACUGCGCGACCUGUUUCACUGCCAAGAGUGGAACCUCCCAGGCAGCUGCUCAUGUUGCCGGAAUAGCAGCAGUAAUCCUCAACUCCAGCCCCAACCUCACAUCCACUGAAGUCUUGCAGCGAUUGCUGCAGUACUCAGUCAAGCACGCCAUCAACCCCAGCGCGUUCCCAGAGGAGCAUCGCCUAGCUACCCCCAGCAUGGUGGCUGCGCUGCCCACCUCCACAUCCAAAGGUGGGGGCUUGCUGUGCCGUUCUGAGUGGUCUGCAAAGUCCGGCUCUUCGUACUCGGACACGUCGGCCGCCCGCUGCCUUCCCGGGGAGGAGAUGUUUAGCUGCUCUAGUUUCUCUCCCAGUGGUGUUCGAGCAGGAGAAUCCAUCAGUAUUCUGGAAGGGCAGAAAGAAUGUGUGGCUCACAACACGUUUGGAGGCCAGGGGGUGUAUGCCAUCGCUCGCUGCUGCACCUGGAGCGGGGCACGGUGCCAGGCGCAUUCAGGUGUUCAGGAUGGUGAAUUGGCGGUAUGCCCCAGCUCAGAUCACCGCCUCACAGGAUGCAGCUCUCACUCUGUCAGCGGGGAUGCGACAGACACCAUCCACCCUCUCCGCGGUCACCAGAAGGGAUGCUCUGGGAGAGCGGGAGUACGAUCCCACGCCUUGUGCUGCCAGGCUCCUGACUUAGAAUGCCAAGUGAAGGAACAUUCACCUUCUGCCUUCACUGAGCAGGUGGAGCUGUCCUGCGAGGAGGGCUGGACCCUGACGGGCUGCACUGCCCUGUCACGCGGGUCCGUCACUCACGGGGCGUAUCCCAGAGAGAACACCUGCCUGGUGAAAAGCUCCGGUGGAGGCAAGGGAACCACAGUGGUCGCAAUUUGCUGCCGCAGCAGCCAGGCCUAGGGUGACCCCGGCAGUAACCACAAAUAGGUCUGUCCACUGCCGGACAUCAUUCGCACCUUCAGAAUCAUGCCUUAUUUUCCACUUCAGGACUUUCUGCUUUCACAAGCGUAUGGAAGCACCACAGAUGAAAUGUACACAUGUAAAUAUAAUAGUAUUGUAUCAAUUUUUUUACAAUGACAUUGAGUUGUCUAGAUAGCAACCUGAUAUUCAUUCUCUCCUGUAUAAUUGAAUUAUAGCGAUUUUGCUUUUUUGGAAUUCAACCACAAAGGUGUCAUUAAAUUUAACAUGUAACAACAUAUAAA